ACCGCGCCCUAGAGCUCUCUCAUAUUGCUCUCAAACAUUUCUCUUUUCCCUCCAACGCCACACUUGCAGUCCUUCUCUGCUCCUCCAUUUCCAGUUCUCUUCCAAUUUCAUUUCUUUCCUUCUUUCUUUAAUUACCAAACUCACCCACUACAAACCACAAAUCAAAUCUCCUCUCUCUCUCUCUCUCUCCACUUUCUCUCUACUUAACAGUGAUAACUGCAAAACUUCUCCAUAUAGCUGAUUCUGAUUCUCUUCUAGGUAACCAACCCAAAACAACAACAAUGGAUGAUGAUGAUGAUGAAAUGUACGGACUCAACUCAUCUGAUUAUUCUGGCCACCGCCAUUCAUUUCCGCAGCCGCCGGACCACCUUCUAUCGUCCUUGAAUUACCAUGCUGUCGAUUCUCCGGCGUUCGGAUCAGACCACAUCUUCGGCGCCUCUUCGGCGUUCUCUGAUGCUCCAACAAUGGUGAGUCAACUUGGACGAAGCGCCUCGGAAGAAGAAGAAGAAGAAGAAGUUUCAAGUGCAAUUCGAGCCAAAGUCGCUUCUCACCCUCUCUAUCCUAAAUUGCUGGAAGCUUUCAUCGAUUGCCAGAAGGUUGGAGCGCCACCGGAGAUGGCGGAUCUGUUUGACGAAAUCUGCCGAGAAAACGAUCAGUGUUUGAGAUCAACCCCCGUUUCAACUGCCGAUCCUGAUCUUGACGAAUUCAUGGAAACUUACUGCGAUAUAUUGGUGAAGUAUAAGUCCGAUCUGGAAAAGCCUUUCAACGAAGCAACUACGUUCUUGAACAGUAUAGAGACGCAGCUAAGCAAUCUCUGCAGCGGAGCUUCCAGAAGAAGCUACGUUUCUGAUGAAACUGCAGGGUCAUCUGAGGAUGAUUUUAGUGUGGGAGAGACACAGGUGCAAGAUUUUCACCGGACAGCUGAAGAUCGAGAGCUUAAGGAUAAACUCUUUCGUAAAUAUAGUGGUUAUAUUAGUUCCCUGAAGAAUGAAUUUUCAAAAACGAAGAAGAAAGGAAAACUACCUAGAGAAGCAAGGCAAAUGUUGCUUGAUUGGUGGACAGUUCACUACAAAUGGCCAUACCCAACGGAAGCUGAUAAGGUUGCUUUGGCUGAGUCAACGGGCCUAGACCAGAAGCAGAUAAACAACUGGUUCAUAAACCAACGGAAACGUCAUUGGAGACCAUCAGAGAACAUGCAAUUUGCUGUUAUGGACAGUCUUUAUGGGCCAUUUUGCAUUAGUGAUUGAGGUCUGCUUUCUUUGCCCACUUUGCUUUUGUGUAUACUUUAUACUUGACCUUGUGCUUAUGCUAAAGGAAAAUUCUUUCCCGCUUGGCCUAUCCUUGAGUACGCUAAUCCAUUAGGCUCUCUGUCGCUUCAAAAUCUGUGUUCUUUCUGUUCAGUUCUUGUUGCUAUACAUAUUGUUAAAUUGUAUGUGAUUCUGUUUGUAAUGGAACUUUUUGCCCACAGUACCCCCCAUAUCAGUGCGGAUCAAGUCCUUCAAUUGGUAAAUCUGAAACACAAGGUUGAAUAUUUUCUUAUCCAUUGACAUUGAUUUGAUUGCUAGAAAUAUUUUAUUUAUAGAAAUUCUGUAUGGAUCUUACUACUUUGGCUACCAUCUUAAUGGAACUUAUUUGCCCA